AUGGAGCUACGAGUCGGUAAUAAAUAUAGACUGGGCCGAAAAAUAGGAUCUGGCUCUUUCGGAGAUAUUUAUUUAGGAACUAAUAUAUCAACUGGGGAAGAAGUAGCAAUCAAAUUAGAAUGUAUAAAGACAAGGCAUCCCCAACUACACAUAGAGUCAAAAUUUUACAAAAUAAUGCAGGGCGGAGUCGGCAUCCCGCAGAUAAGGUGGUGCGGCAGCGAAGGCGACUACAACGUGAUGGUGAUGGAGCUGCUCGGCCCCUCGCUCGAAGACCUCUUCAACUUUUGUUCGCGCCGCUUCUCGCUCAAGACGGUGCUGCUGCUGGCCGACCAGCUCAUCUCGCGCACCGACUUCAUCCAUUCGCGCAACUUCAUUCACAGGGACAUCAAGCCCGACAACUUUCUGAUGGGGCUCGGCAAGAAGGGGAAUUUGGUGUAUAUCAUCGAUUUCGGGUUGGCGAAGAAGUACAGAGAUGGCAGGACGCACCAGCACAUACCCUACAAGGAGAACAAGAAUUUGACGGGUACGGCUAGGUAUGCAAGUAUAAACACACAUUUGGGAAUUGAACAAUCUAGAAGAGACGAUCUGGAAUCGUUAGGAUAUGUUUUAAUGUACUUCAAUAGAGGAUCGUUACCUUGGCAGGGUCUGAAAGCUGCCACAAAACGACAAAAAUAUGAACGCAUCUCCGAGAAGAAAAUGUCCACGCCCAUUGAAGAGCUCUGUAAGGGCUACCCCAUAGAAUUUCCCACUUACCUAAAUUAUUGUCGACAGUUGAGGUUCGAAGAAAGGCCGGAUUAUAGCUAUUUGCGGCAACUGUUCAGAACCUUAUUCCAUAGGCAAGGCUUCACAUAUGAUUAUGUGUUCGAUUGGAAUAUGCUCAAAUUCGGUGGCUCGAGAGGCAGCCACUGCGAGGAGAACAGCGUCGGCGGCGGCGGCAGGGCAGGGGGCGGCGGCGGAGGAGGGGCUCGGUACGGCGGUCACGUGGCGGCGGCGACGACGCCGGCCGACGGGACGCCCGUCGCAGCGUUGCAGUCGAGGACGCGACGCGCGCACGACGCUCGCAUGGAGAUGGUGGCGGGCAACGUCGUCGCGCCGAACGCUCUCGAUGACGUCAUCACUAGUAAUUCGCCUAGAAUGUAUGAUAGCCAUGAGAGAAGAGUUUCGAUGAGACUCAGGGCCAACCAAGGAGCCCCGAACGCAUCCACUUCCGACUUGAGCACCUCCAAACAAGCAAACGCAUCCGUAGCGGCAACAGUGCCGCCCAACGGCCAGACGGCAACGCUGGUCGCCCCGCCGCCUAGGAGGGGCAGCGCGUCGAAGGAGCCGCCCGCCGUGCGCCUCAAAAAGUGA